AUGUCAAACCUUGCAAAACUCGAAUUUGUUGCUCUUGAUAUUACUGGAAACAACUAUCUGUCUUGGGUGUUAGAUGCUGAAAUACAUUUAGAAGCAAAGGGACUUGGUGAUACUAUUAAAGAAAAUAACACUGUAACAAGACAAGAUAAGGCUAAAGCUAUGAUAUUCCUUCGCCAUCACCUUCAUGAAGGCCUUAAGACCGAGUACUUGACUGUUAAAGACCCACAAGUCCUUUGGAGUAAUCUAAAGGAAAGGUAUGACCACCAGAAAACUAUGAUAUUACCAAAAGCUCAUUAUGACUGGUUACAGUUAAGAUUACAAGACUUUAAGUCUACACAAUACCGUGAAAAGGGUUUUACAAAAUAUUCUGAAUUGAUAUCUUAUCUCCUUGUGGCCGAGAAAAAUAAUGAACUAUUAAUGAAAAAUCAUGAAUCACGCCCAACUGGCUCUACUCCAUUCCCUGAAGCGAAUGCGACAUCCCAUAGUGGGAAAGAGAAAAAGGCUAGAGAUCACGCCAGCAGUCGUGGUCGAGGUCGUGGUCGCGGCCGUGGACGUGGACAUGAUCGUGGUUGA